AUGCGUUAUAUCGCUUCUGUACGCAAAGCACCUGCCCAGUUCCUCGAUCUCCAAAAUCAGUUGGAGACUAUUCAGGGCUACUUGGCGGAACUCCAGCAAGUUCUUGACAAGAUCUCAUCCAAGGAUGCUCCUCUUCCACCGCCAGACUUGUCACACGUAACAACUGUUUUGAAGGCUUUGAAGAAAGACGUGGCCGAACUGGAGGUGAUCGCUUCUGAGUACAGCGCAGAAGCAGCCAGUCGCACCAACUCCAGGGGUCUUCCACGAAUUCCAAAGUUCAAAUGGCGCCGAGAUUUACAACUCAUCAACUCGUUCCGACAAAAGAUUGUACAGCGAAGGCACGAUAUAGUCGAGAGCAUGCGUCUGCUGCAGCCAAAACAAAACCUUGCGCAAGCUACACUUAUGCUUGAUAUCAGGGACCUAACGAAAACAAGGUUUGAUGAUCUUAAUGGCCUAGUCAAUCAAUCAUCACAGAGGUUUGAGUCCUCCCUUUCAAAAUUAACCCAGAAGCUUGACGAAGGUUUGGAAUUACUAUCGCCUACAGACUCAGAUGGCGAAAGUUCAGAGCCAAGGUUGAAUGAUGCAACAAUUCUCAAUUGUGUGCAAGACCUUCGUGAGAUAGCAAAAGGCCUAUCUGAGCACAACAGUAGGCUACUUCGCACUCUUGACUACAACGCGCCAUUUGAAGGCGUGGAGUUUUCCACUGAGGAGUUCUUAUCAUCGCUCGAGUUGUUGAAGCAAGAGGUGGACCAUUUGAGUGAGCGAGGAAGAAACCUUGUCACUGUCGAUGAUAACACAGAAUUGACGGAUGUUGAUACCAGAAGGAUCCAGUGGCUGUUUUCCAACCGCAUGUUUCUUCCCUCUGAUGUGAAUGAGGAUGGAGUCUGCUUACUUACGUAUGCUCUUUAUAUGGUCAAGUCCUGGCCAGCUGCCCAGCUUCUGCUUGAGCUUCACCCUCGAGUGUCUCAUAGAGACAACCAUGGCAAUACCCCUACCUCAAUUGCGUCUUGGAAGUAUUUCGUUCACGGCCACCACUUGCCACCGGAUAUCAAUGCCUUGUAUCGCAGGGUCAUCGAACUUGGAGAUGAAGAGACAAAUUCAACAGUAAUUCAUGAUAGUCUUAUUGCCCGCACCUCCUUGACAGUGGAGGAAGCCAUUAACCUUAAGCCAGAGUGCAUCGACACCAUGGACAAUUUAGGCCUGAGCCCAUUACAAUGGGCCGUGUUACGGAACAACGUCCAGGGUAUUGAAGUUCUUCUUUCCUGGAACCCUAACCUGGAACUCUGCGACUACGAUAAGAGAGUAGCUCUACACAGAGCAGCUGAGUUUGGAUUGAUAGAGUGUGCUCAGAUGCUUAUUAGCAAAGGGGCCUAUGUGGAUGCUAGUGACGCAUGGGGCGAUACUCCGUUGCAUCUCGCAAUCUCACUCCCUUCAACGCAAAUGCUAAACCUGUUACUCUCCAACGGAGCCAAGAUCCUGAGAAACAAAUACGGACGAAGCCCAAUACAUGGAUCCGUCUUUGGAUCAUUUCCCCACGAUGAAGCCGUCAUCGAACAAUACAUGAAAGCACUCCAGAUAGCAGGUGCCGAUAUCAACGCAUUGGAUUACAGUGGAAUGACUCCUCUUCUUGUUGCCGUGCAACAAAGUCAUAUUCCGAUGCUCAACACAUUACAAAGACUUGGUGCGGAUAUAGAGGAAAAGAGUACUAAUACCAACGGAAGAACUCUUUUUCACAUAGCAGCCAUGUUUUCAGACUCAGAUAUGGUCCGCCGACUACGCGAAGCGCGAUUAAGCCUAAUUGAUCCAGACGAGACCGAUGAAGACGGCCUCACAGCCAUGGAAAUGCUGUCCAGGCGUUUAACACUAUCGGCCACCGAACUAACUGAAGGUCAACAACCGGCAACUAUUAAUGAAAUUUCAUUAUUUCAAUCCUUCAUCGAUGAGGCGCGUGAAAGAUACUUGAUGAAGAAUACUUCUCGGUCAUGGGGGGUUUCAACAAAGGAUGCUGAGCUUGUCAGUCACUUAGUCCACGAUGACCCAUUACACUCCACAUGUGACAGCAAUGAAGAUAACUCAGAGUCGAACAGUGAUACAGAUGGGUUUUCGGAGGCUGUUGAGUAUCAGUGA